UUGUUGUUUUUUGUUGUUGUUGGUGUUGUUGUGGUGGGCUCGUCCGUGAAAGAUCACUUGCUUGCAAACUUAUUUAUUAAUUACCGACUAAGGAAUAAGCAUAGAGAUGGUGCUACCAUUAUUGCAACGCUCCACGCUUCGCGGCGUUCAACAAAUGACGAAACCCUGGGCCGCCAUUGGAAGUUUGCGUCUGGCCUCCCAGGAGUUUCGCGUGGAGAGCGACACCUUUGGCGAACUGAAGGUGCCCGCGGAUAAGUACUAUGGCGCCCAAACGAUGCGAUCCCAGAUCAAUUUCCCCAUCGGCGGAGCCACCGAACGGAUGCCCAAACCCGUGGUCCAGGCCAUGGGCAUCCUGAAGAAGGCCGCCGCCGAGGUGAACAAGGAGUUCGGACUGGACAGCAAGGUUAGCGAGGCGAUCUCGAAGGCGGCCGACGAUGUGAUCUCUGGCAAGCUAUACGACGACCACUUCCCGCUGGUCAUCUGGCAGACGGGCUCGGGCACGCAGAGCAACAUGAAUGUGAAUGAGGUGAUCAGCAAUCGUGCCAUUGAGCUGCUGGGCGGCAAACUGGGCUCCAAGACGCCCGUGCAUCCCAACGAUCAUGUGAACAAAUCGCAGAGCUCCAACGAUACCUUCCCCACCGCCAUUCACAUCUCGGUGGCGCUGGAGCUGAACAACAACCUUAAGCCGGCGAUUAAGACGCUGCACGAUGCGCUGCGUGCCAAGUCGGAGGAGUUCAAGGACAUUAUCAAGAUCGGACGCACGCAUACGAUGGAUGCGGUGCCAUUGACGCUGGGCCAAGAGUUCAGCGGCUAUGCCCAGCAAUUGGCCUACGCCCAGGAGCGCAUCGAUGCCUGUCUGCCGCGCGUCUAUGAGCUGGCUCUGGGCGGCACUGCUGUGGGUACGGGUCUGAACACACGCAAGGGAUUCGCCGAGAAGUGCGCUGCAAAGAUCGCCGAGCUGACCAGCCUGCCCUUCGUUACCGCGCCCAACAAGUUCGAGGCACUGGCUGCCCGCGAUGCCAUGGUGGAGGUGCAUGGUGUGCUCAACACGAUCGCCGUUAGCCUGAUGAAGAUUGCCAACGAUAUUCGUUUCCUUGGCUCCGGACCGCGUUGCGGUUUGGGUGAGCUCUCGCUACCGGAGAACGAGCCAGGUAGCUCCAUCAUGCCCGGCAAGGUGAAUCCCACGCAAUGCGAGUCGCUGACAAUGCUCUCCGCCCAGGUGAUGGGCAAUCAGGUGGCGGUGACCAUCGGUGGAUCCAAUGGGCACUUCGAGCUGAAUGUAUUCAAGCCCCUGAUCGUGUCCAAUGUGCUGCGCUCCAUUCGGCUAUUGUCUGAUGGCAGCAGGACCUUCACUGCCAACUGUGUGAAUGGCAUCCAGGCGAACCGCGAGAAUAUUGCCAAGAUCAUGAACGAGUCGCUCAUGCUGGUGACCGCUCUGAAUCCGCACAUUGGUUACGACAAGGCUGCGAAAAUUGCAAAGACGGCGCACAAGAAUGGCACCACACUCAAGGAGGAGGCCAUCAAUUUGGGUUACCUGACGGAGCAGCAGUUCAACGACUGGGUGCGACCCGAACAGAUGCUGGGACCCAAGUGAAGUGGAGCCAAGUAGGCCGACGACGAAAUCCAUCAUUCAAUCAUCGCUGUCAUCGGAAUCGCAGUGUGAUUUUCUAGAUCAGAUCGUUUUGUUGUAUAUGAAUCGCUCGGAAACACAGAACCAAUAAUAAUUGAAAAUGCUGAAGC